UGGUUGAGUGUGAUUGGAUUUAUAUCAUAGUGAAUUGUGUGUAUGUGUAUGUUUGAUGACACGUUCCAGCUGCCAGCAAGUCCAAGUCAGUCAAAAUAUCUUGAAUCGUGACAAACAAAUCAUCUCUCUUGUCCUGGAAACAGGGAAAAAGUAUUAAUAAACAAUUCUAAAGUUGUUAAUUAUAAAAAAAAAUAAGUGAAUAAACUUCAACAUCAUGAUGAAGAAACACAUUUAUUUGUGUCUAACAUUCUUGUUGUUGGCCGGUAUACAAACAGUAUGGGGAAAUGUUGAUGCUGUUGAUUACAGUGAUAAAAUUGGUAAAGUUGAAUUGGAUCAUGGUUCAAGCAGAGAUGCAUCAAGAACUGAUGCUGAAACAAUAAAUUUAGCUAAAGAUAAACUUGAUGAUGCCACAAAACAAUUUAAUAAUUUAAAUAGUAACAGUGAAAAAUUUACAUUUCAAACCGAAGUUAAUCGUAUGAUGAAACUUAUUAUAAAUUCUUUAUAUAGAAAUAAAGAAAUAUUUUUACGUGAAUUAAUAUCAAAUGCAUCUGAUGCAAUUGAUAAAAUUCGUUUAUUAUCAUUGACAAAUAAUGCAUUACGUGAAACAAAUCCAGAAUUUGAAAUACGUAUUAAAGCUGAUACUGAAAAUAAAAUACUUCAUAUUACUGAUAGUGGUAUUGGUAUGACUAAAAAAGAUUUAAUAAAUAAUCUUGGUACAAUUGCUAAAUCUGGUACUGCUGAAUUUUUGGGCAAGAUGCAAGAAUCUGAAAAUAAUAAAGAUGCAAAUGAUAUGAUUGGUCAAUUUGGUGUUGGUUUUUAUUCUGGUUUUUUGGUUGCAAAUAAAAUUGUUGUUACAACAAAACACAAUGAUGAUAAACAAUAUAUUUGGGAAUCAGAUAGCAGCAGCUACAGUAUCACAGAAGAUCCACAAGGUGAUACCCUCAAACGUGGUACAACAAUUAGUCUUUAUUUAAAAGAUGAAGCAGCUGAUUUUCUUGAACAAGAUACAAUUAAAAAUCUCAUAAAAAAAUACUCUCAAUUUAUUAAUUUCCCAAUUUAUCUUUGGAGCAGUAAAACAAUUAAAGUUGAAGAUGUCAGUGAUGCAGAAAAUGUUGAAGAUGUCAAAGAUAAUAAAGAUGAUGAAUUAAUUGAAGAUGAAUCAACAACAAAAAAAGAUGAAGAUAAAGAAACUGGUGAUAAUGAGGAUGAUGAUGAUGUUAAAGUUGAAGAACAAACACCUGAACAAGAUACUCUUGAUAAAAAAGAAAAAAAAAUGAUUGAUAAAACAGUAUGGGAUUGGCAAGUUAUAAAUGAUGCUAAACCAAUAUGGACACUUAAACCAGCUGAUGUUGAUGAUGCUGAUUACAAUGAAUUUUAUCGUACAAUAACAAAAGACACACAAGAUCCAUUGGCUAAAGUACAUUUUGUUGCUGAAGGUGAAGUAUCAUUCAAGGCAUUAUUAUAUAUUCCAAAAGUACAACCAGGUGAUUCUUUUAAUCGUUAUGGUACUAAAGCUGAUAAUAUUAAAUUAUUUGUACGUCGUGUAUUUAUAACUGAUCAAAUUAAUGAUAUGAUGCCAAAUUAUUUAUCAUUUAUUCGUGGUAUUGUUGAUUCAGAUGAUUUACCAUUAAAUGUAUCACGUGAAAAUCUUCAACAACAUAAAUUAAUUAAAGUUAUUAAAAAGAAAUUAAUUCGUAAAGUACUUGAUAUGAUUAAAAAAAUAUCAAAAGAAGAAUAUGAAAAAUUCUGGAAAGAAUAUAGUACAAAUAUUAAACUUGGUGUUAUUGAAGAUGCCCAAAAUCGUGCAAGAUUAGCAAAAUUAUUACAAUUUAAAUCAUCAGCAAAACAAGAUAAUAAUUUAACAAGUCUUGUUGAUUAUGUUGAACGUAUGAAAAAAGAUCAAAAAUCAAUAUAUUAUAUUGCUGGUUCAAAUGAUAAUGAAGUUAAAAAUUCACCAUUUGUUGAAAGAUUAACUAAAAAAGGAUAUGAAGUACUUUAUUUAACUGAAGCUGUUGAUGAAUAUGCAAUAUCAGCAAUACCAAUGUUUGAAGAUAAAAAAUUCCAAAAUGUUGCCAAAGAAGGAUUUACACUUGAUGACAGUGUUAAAGCCAAAGAAAAGAAAAAAGCACUUGAAACAAGAUUUGAGCCACUUGUUAAAUGGUUAGGUGAUAAGCUAUCACAAUAUAUUAGUAAAGCACAAGUAUCUGAACGUCUUACUGAAUCACCAUGUGCAUUGGUUGCUUCAAUGUUUGGAUGGACUGGUAAUAUGGAACGUUUGGCAAUAUCAAAUGCUCAUCAAAAAGCUGAUGAUCCACAAAAAUCAUAUUAUUUAAAUCAAAAGAAAACACUUGAAAUUAAUCCAAGACAUCCACUUGUUAAAGAAUUAUUAAGACGUGUUGAUGGUAAUCCAGAUGAUGAUACAGCUAAAGAAAUUGCUAUUAUGAUGUUUAAAACAGCAACACUUAGAUCUGGUUAUAUGUUACAAGAAACAGCAUCAUUUGCUGAAAGUGUUGAAACACUUAUGAGAAAAACACUUGGAAUACCAGUUGAUGAGCAAGCUGAUGAAGAAGAUGAUGAUGAUGAUGCUGCUGAUGAUGAUGAUGAAAUUCAAGAUGAAACAAAAGAUGAACCAACUCAAAUUGAUGCUGAUGAAGAAGAUGAUCAAGAGCACAAACAAGAUCAUGAAGAACUCUAAAUAAAUAUAUAUAUAUAAUAAUAAAUUUAUAUAUAUAUAUAUUUUUUAAAAUCGCAGACUGAUUUAAAAAUACUUAUUUCAAAUUAAUUGGCGAUUUUUUUUUUUUUCGUUUUUUUUUUUUCACACUUUUCUUCAGCUAGGAAAAUUGCUAGUCAAUUUUCAUUUGUUAUUUUAAUAUGAAUGAAUUAAUUAGUAUUGUUCUUCCACUUAAUAUAUACUGUGAGAAAACAAGAGAGUAAUAAUUUUCAAACUGAAAAAAAGAAUAAAUGAAUGUGUCGAAUAUUUAUAAAUGAUAUGUCAUGUUUAUAGUUUAAAUUAACAUUUUAUUUAAUCUCUUGAUAUUUGUAUGCAUAAAAAUAAAUGUUGGAAUAAUAGCAAAAGUACAAGUAAAUAAAUAUAUCUUGCUUGCAUAAAAAUAAUUCAUUUUUAAGUGUUUAAAUUUAACAAUUAUUAAAUUAUAAAUUUUAUACAAGAG